UAUCGGCAUGAUGGUUCUGAGACUCUUACAGACGAAGUCCUUUUUGCAGCCACAGAUGGCAUCCACUUCUUAGAGUUCACUCUGCAGGUCAAGGUGUUGCCCGUGAAUGAUGAGCCACCUGUUAUGCAAACAGGGCUUAUCAAUGUGGUGCGUUGCCCGGAGGGUGAAGAAGUGGUCCUCUCCUCAGAGUACAUAUAUGCCACAGAUGCAGACAGUGAUGACAUGAAGCUGGUGUUCGUGCUGGUUCGCCAGCCCUCCCAGGGGGUGCUGAGAAAAGCUGGAAUUGUUGUGGAGCGUUUCUCCCAGGCUGAUGUCAUCUCUGGCUUGGUCACCUAUAAGCACACUGGUGGGGAGAUUGGCUUGAAUCUUUCCUUUGAGAUCUUAACUUUUGUUGUUUCUGAUGAUGAAGCCGGCCCAGAUGUGAAAGACUGCUGUUAUGACAGACCUCUUCCUCCUCCAGUUCCUCUUCACCGUCCACUCCCAGUGUAUAACCUUAACAUCACUGUACUUCCAGUGGACAACCAACCUCCAUCUAUUGCAACUGGUGCAAGGUUUGCUGUGGAGGAGGGCUCCUCAACAGCCCUUACCUCUAACCAUUUGUUUGCCACCGACCCUGACACCACUGCAGAUGACUUAGAGUUUGUCUUGGUUUCUCCUCCUCAGUUUGGUUAUAUUGAAAAUAUACUGCCUUCUCCUGGGUUUGAAAAGAGUAACAUUGGUAUAAGUAUAGCUUCGUUUCAGUUGAAGCACCUGAAAGCCCUGAGUAUAAACUAUGUACAAGCCAGGCACAUGCGAGUGGAGCCAAGAGCAGACCACUUUGUACUUUAUGCCACCGAUGGCCUGCGUCGUUCAGCAGAGAUUCCAUUUUUUGUGCUGAUCAACCCAACCAAUGAUGAAGUCCCAGAAUUCAUAGCAAGAAACAUUACUGUUCAAGAAGGUAUGGUGAAAGAGCUGGAUCUCUCUGUUAUCAAUGCUGUUGAUCUGGAUGUGCCUCAAGACCAUUUGGUAUUUGAUGUUGUGCAGCAGCCUUCACAUGGAUUCCUCAUUAAUGGAGUUCAUGGCAAUGAUAUUCUACAGUACAAAGAGUUAAUUCACCACCACAGCAGUGGGUUGCUUGUUCAUGACUUUUCUAUGGAGCUACUGAAGAAUGGUAUGAAACUGAUGUACAUGCAUGACGAUUCAGAAAACCUCAAUGACAGCUUUAAAAUCCAGCUAUCAGAUGGGAAACAUAAAGUCCUCAGAACCAUUUCAGUAAAGGUCAUCCCAGUUAAUGAUGAGAAACCAGUGCUGAGCAAGAAGGAUAAUAUAGAGGUGCGUAUGGGUGAAACUCGAAUUAUUUCUGGUGCUGUUCUGUCAGCUGAAGAUAAAGAUACUCCUAGAGAGAGAAUUUUCUACUUAUUUGAAAGACUUCCAGAAAAUGGCCAGCUUCAAAUCAAGGUAGGCAGAGACUGGGUGACUCUCCAAACCGGAAUGAAGUGCACUCAGGAAGAACUGGAUAUGAACCUUGUAAGAUACGUCCACACAGGAGCUAUAGGGUCCAAGAACCAAGACUUGUUCACAUUUUAUCUGUGGGAUGGGUACAACAGAUCCCCAGCUGUAGACUUCUACAUAAAUAUCAAGAACAUGGAAAAGGGAGACAUUGCUGUUUUCAUAAAGCCUCUCAAAGUACCAAAAGGGGAUCGAGGCUACAUUACGACUGAUGUCCUCCUUUCACUGGAUGGUACUGACAAGCCUGAAGAGCUUCUCUAUGUGAUAACUUCCCCUCCUCAGUAUGGACAAAUAGAGUAUGUUAGCUAUCCUGACGUCCCCAUAGCGAGCUUCAGUCAAAUGGAUGUUGCAAGUCAGAUAGUCUGCUAUGUUCACAGCACCAAGGCACAUUCAAGGCAAGAUGCAUUCAGAUUCAUCAUCAGCAAUGGACUGAGGACUAAGCAUGGAACAUUCACGAUCUCCCUGGAGGCAGUUGACCAAACUUUGCCUACACUAUCUAGGAACAUGGGGUUAAGAUUAACGGAAGGCAAUAUGGUACUCCUUUCUCCUGAUGUCCUGCAGCUUACAGACUCUGACACUGCCAAAGAAAACCUUACCUUCCUCUUGGCUCAGCUCCCCCAGUAUGGUCAUCUCUAUUACCGAGGGGCUGUACUGCUACAAUACAAUUUCACCCAGUGUGAUGUGGACAAUAUGGAUAUUGCAUACAAGCACCGAGGUGGGGAUUCCCAGAUUGACAGAUUUACAUUUGUUGCAACAGAUAGGACUAAUCAAGGCUUCAUCGUGAAUGGGAGGGUGCAGAUUGAGCCAGUGGCAUUCAUCAUUCAGGUAGAUCAUUUGGACAAAAUGGCACCAAGAAUCAUUCAUCUCCGUUGCUUAUCUGAUGUGGAAAUGCUGAAGAAUGGCAAUUAUGGGAUCUACAUUACUUCCAGGUCCCUGAAGGCAACUGACUCCAAUACAGAGGAUGACAAAAUAUUUUUUAAGAUCUUACGAGGUCCUCGUUAUGGUUACCUGGAAAAUAUAACAACAGGUGGACUUAUCCAUGAAGGCUUUAGCCAAAAGGAUUUAAAUAGUAAAAUUAUAUUUUAUGUCAUCAAUCCACUGUGGGAAGUGCAUUCAGACAACUUGGAGUUUCAAGUCACAGAUACCAAUGGAAAUUCAGCAAUUCCCCAAAUGCUGGAACUACGCUGGUCUCGCAUUGAAAUGCAGCAGACUGAAUAUGAAGUGUGUGAGAACAUGGGGAUGGUGUCUCUGAAAAUCACCAGGGCAGGGCACUCUACUGACUCUGCCUUUAUUGUGGUGAAGGUCAAUGAAAUAUCUGCUGUGCUGGGAAAGGACUUUACAGUGACUCCCUCCAAACUUAUUCAGUUUGAUCCAGGAAUGUCAACCAAGAUGUGGAAUAUAGCAAUUACUUAUGACAGAUUAGAGGAAGAUGAUGAAGUCUUUGAAGUAAUUCUGAACUCCUCUGUGAAUGCUGUUCUUGGCACCAAGACAAAAGCUGUAGUGAAAAUUUUGGACUCAAAAGGAGGUCAAUGCAGUUCUUUACAUUCUUCCAGCCAAAGCAAGCAAGACUUCUGGAGGAGAAGCACACUGUUUGCAGUUUCCUCAGGCUCCUCAUCACCUCCCAGGCCUGGCAGCGUUAACUUGGAAGGGAUCCCACCACCUCCUUCCAAAAGGAUGAGAGAACACAGAGGUGACAUACUGCAGGAGCCCAGCUUGGCAAAUCGGUCAAGGGCCAGGCUGAGAGUGACUGGAAAUGGCAGAAUAGUUCAUCCUUCAUCUGUAUUUAGAAAUGGAACAGAUGUGGUUUACAAAUACCAUGGGAUGGUAUCACUCAAAACAGAGGAUGACAUCUCAUCAGCUAAAGCAAACAAGAAGGCUGAAGUGUCAGUAAUUAACCAAGCACAAUCACAGAUAAAUGCCAUUUCCACUAGGAAGACAGAAAUCCCACAAGCUGAUAAGGCAGAACUGGCAUCUGAACCAAGCUCAAGACAUCGGGACAUUCACUCCUUUUCAAGGGCCUGUACACCAGAUUUGAAGGGGCUCAUGCAUUAUGAAGGAAGCAUUCAAAAGUUAUUUCAGUGUGAUGGGAUAGAAUGGAAAUUUUGGAGUUCCCAAAGCAAGGAGGCAGACAUGAAAAAAUGUCCCUCUGGAUGGCGUCAUCAUGAUGGCAGCUGUUAUUUCCUGGUAGUGAAUCAAAAGGUCACCUGGGAUACUGCUGCUCAGGUCUGCAGAGAACAAUACCUGGGGAGCCUCACAAGUGUGGCUAAUGAACAACACAUGCAGUGGUUGUGGGACUUCAGUGGGAGGAAGCCCUUUUGGAUAGGCCUGAAUGACCAAGUCAAUCCUGGACACUGGGAGUGGAACGGUGGAGAACCUGUUACCUACAUAAACUGGAGAAGAGGCUCCAAUCACUUUCCGAAGAGAGGCAACAAAUGUGUAGUGGUGCAGAAAAGAGGAAAAUGGCAAGCAACUGACUGCAGGAAGGCCAGAUGGAACAGCUACAUAUGUUCAAGAAAGCUGUAAAAAAUUGGGAUCCCUGUGAAAGCAUGUGGACAUUCCUUUUGUUUCUGUCUAUCUGCAGACAAGUGAUAUGCAGAUAGAAAACUAUCUUAAUUAUCACCAAAGAUUAUUUUACACGCUGCCAGAGAUCCAGAUGUUUUGGUCUCUUACCAAGAAAUAGAGGUCAGUAGUAAACAGCAAGUUUACUUUACUUUACUGGUCAAGGCUUUGAUCUCUUUCCAAAUACAUCUCUGUCACUUGAUUCAUUCACGUUUUCACACUAAAGAACUAGGCCUGACAGCCUACAUAAAAUUUCUGUGUAAACAUACUUACUAAAAAAAAAAAAAGAAAAGUCAUCAUCAUCAUCAGUCAGUUUGUUUCAGUCUUAAAGACUGAAUGUGGAUUGGCUUUAAUUUAAAUAGUUUAAUUAAAUUGCAAUGAAAACUGCAGUUUUGUCCUGCAGUCACAGAGAAAGAAAGACAACUUGGGACCAACACGAGAGCAGACUCUGCUGAGUGGCUAUAAACAAGUUCUCUUGGGUGAGGAUGGGAGAGACACUAUCAGAAUACUGGUGCUUAUUCUGUGGAUGCCCUACUACAGUGUUUUACAAAAAGAGCAACCGCAGAAGGGUUUACUGAUAGCAUACCAUACAAGCAAAGCUUUUUUGUUACUUUUUUGGCCUUCCAAGAACAGUUUCAGAUCCAAAUUAAUCUUCUCACACACAGUUGCAUGUUGUUUGACAUUCUGACUAAAAUCAUGCAAUGCUUUUUGGAGUUCCAGGAUGGUGGUAUCAUUUGUGCAAUGUAAUUAAAUAAUGUGGGCUCUCUAGAUCUAAUGCUAUCUCAAAGGAUAAUUCACAUGCACACAAAAUUAAUAUGGAAGCUUAAUCCCAGAAUAUCAUGGGAUAUUCAGUGAUACACGAACAUCAAUAGGAUUAAUAUGUGUGUACACAGUGUAACUGUGAUAGGCACAUUAUAUUAAAGAAGCUAUGGAUUUUCAAAAGUAUUAAGUAUUAUCUCAGUCCUUAUCAGGGAUUUGAGGUUUUUAAAAAAUAAUAAUAAAAAAUCCAGAUUUAUUUCUGAGAAAGGCUUAAAAAUCAGCAUUUAACAGGAAAAAAAAAAAAAGCCAACCAGCUGCCUGUAACUUCCCAUUUGGUAACACUUUGACCUGUCAAAAGACUUGUUUUAGGACCUUCUUACUGCCAGCCUCAGAGUUAAAACAGAAACAAGUCCUAAGCUUCCUAAAAAACAAACAAACAAACCCACUUCUCCCGAACAUUCUCUCUGCCCAGAAGGAGAGAGUGACAGGUGGUGUGGUACAGCAUAUGGAGAAUUUGCCCUGUUCUAUAUGGAAUCUCAGCCCUCCUGUCUGCCUGCCUGCUGCCAGCAAUGGAUUCUGUCCAUGCCCUCUGUAAGUUCAUCGAUUUGUCCAGCCUCUGAACCAAUUGCAUUUCUGCACCAUUUCCAACUCUGCUCUUUCUAAGGUUCCACAAAGUCUGGUGAGGGAACAGAUGCAGCAGAAUCACCUCUCUAAGCUGCAGGAUACCAUUCGGGGUUGUAGUUAUCCCUCCUUCUUGUCUAUGGUAUGUUAGAAUAGGCAUGUCAGUAGCUGGACAACCCUUCCAUUUAGUGAGGACCUUUGUGAAGUUGCUAUGGUAAAUAAGCACAGGUGCAUCACAAGUUUAGAUGUAAAACUCUGUGGACAGAACCUUAUCACCCUUAAUGCUAAUAUCAACAGAUACAACCUAACACAUUUCCAGGACUUUUUUGUUGUUGUUGUUGUUACCUUUUUGCCAAGCUUCUAGACACUUCUGCCAGUAAGAGUCCAGUAAAGCACAUGUGGGAUCUCUGACUGCAUUCUGGAAUCACUGAGAAAAACUACUAAGAGAGCGUGUUAAGAUAACCAGAAACUUUUAUUUCUUUGGGAUUUCCUGCUGUGUUUACUGGUGCUAUCUUUGUGAAAAUUAUGAGCAUUGUUUAAAUACCUCUCCUAAUUAUUUAAUGAAUGACCAUAACAGAGAGAGGGAAUUUUGGCCAUAGAGUUCUUGUUACUUGACCAAUAAGUAAUAAAUGGCUAAUGCCUAGACUGAGAAAUCAAAGAUCUCAGGUUUUUGAAGAGGGGAUAGUUCUUCUAUAUUAUACCUUUCUUAAAGAACAUUCAAGUGUUUGAAGAAUAUGAAACCUUCACUAUGGAACACAUUGUUACUUCUGCAAAAUGUAUGUGUUUACUUUUUUCAUUAAAUCUACAACAAUGUAUUCAUUAAUUAAGCUAAAACUUUUAUAUGAUACCACAAGGACAUUUCUAACCUGAAAUGCUGCAGAAUUAUUUUUCAGUACAACAAACUCUUCUGAGCAUGCACUCAUAAAUUUUAAUUUGCCUAUCUUAAAAAAUGAAAUGUUUUUUGAGCAAUUUUUGUAUCUUUUAUUAGAAUGCCUGAGUUUGAAGAAAACAACAAACUCAGAACAGGGAAAGCACGAAUAAGUCACUUUUUUUUUUCCUGUUGCAUUAGGAAGGUGAUGUCUCUAUGAGAAAGAGAAUAAAUUCCUAAAAAGUUACUGGGAACAUUUUUAGUCUUCAAUACUGUUCAAAUUGGACUUUGAGUAAACUCAGGGGGGAAAGGAGCAUUCAGGGGAUCAACAUAAGCAGGGUAAUUUUGAGAGGGUGCAAGUCAUGUAAAUGCUGCUGUUCACCUAUGGAUGUUCUGGAUAAACAUGAGAACUACUUCAUUGGAACUAUCCAUAUGCCUUUCAAAAGCAACAGAAUUCAGAAUUAAGAGGCAACAGCUUAGUCUUUAGGCCGGCUUUUUACAAAGGGAAUGAUGAUGUAAUGUGAGCUUCUUAUUUGUCUGCUUCUUUUAACCACCUCCUCUCUCUGUUAAACAUCUUAUCUAUUGACCAACUUCAGACAAGUUUGACAGAGAAGAUAACUCAAAGAUGACAGCUGUGUAAAACAUUUCUAGGCAACUGGCCCCUGAAGCAUUUUCCAAAUCAAUGUUUUCUGAUCUGAAUUCUUGUGCUUUUACACUACUGAGAUCUUGCAGUCGGUGGAGACCUUCUGAAGUAAUCCUGCAACUGGAGAAAAGACCUUUCUUCGUCCCCCACAUUCAGCCAAACACAGGGAGACCAAGAUUCAUUAACUUAGGAACAAGCUGUUUUGAGUGUGUUAUUACCAACUUCAUAGAGAUAAAGCUUUAAUUUGGAAAAAAAUCUGUGAAGCUUUUCAGAUCUCUUUUGUGCCACUUAAACAUAAUGAAUGCAUUCAAGUCUUCACUCAUUCUAAAAUUAUAAAAAUAGAUUAACUAAGUAUUGUGAUUCUGCCUUAUUUACAUCACAAGACUGGUGCUAUCCUAAUGACUGUAUUCAGAAUGCUAUAUAUAUUGUUAUGGGCCUGAUUUUGUAAUGUUAAUACAAACGGAAACAUAUUAUUUUGGUGAAAAUACAUUUCUUCAGCUUACUUCCUUGCGCAGAGGGUUGCUUUCUUCUUUCUUUAGCUAAUGAUAAAAAAAAACAUAGAGUUGAACAUAGCAGAAAUGAGCUUGCACAAUAUACCUAUUUACUUUGUGAUAUUUCUGAAUUCUGUCUCUUCUUUUGUAUGAGUGUUUUCCUGAAUUAGUCUGUCAGGCACAUUUGUUUGAUGAACAAAAUAUAUUUACUCUAUCUCUACUGCUUAACUACUAUUUGUUUAUUUUUGUAGAGCUGAGAAGUCAGCAGAAGUCUAGAAAAAUGAUCUCUAAAUAACUGGAUCUAAACAGAAUAAACAAAGGCUACUAUUAUCAUGCAUACGGAUAAAAAUUUCAGAAAAGUCUUCAUACAUUUUUACACUAAUAAAAUAAAGCAUACAUGCAUCUUUUU